AUGCAUUUCCAAGCCUUCCUCCUCACCACCCUCAUUGGCCUCGCAGCCAGCGCAAACAUCGGUCGCCGCGCCACGACAUGCUUUGACGAUGGCGACUACUUCUUCGCCGGCGGCAAGUGCGUGAAGGCAUCGGGCCAGAUCACUGGAACCUGCAGCGGAUCUACCACCACCACCGCCACGGCCACUGCUACCACCUCAGCACCAGCUGCUUCUGCGACUGGAGCGACUUGUUUCGACGAUGGUGACUGCAUCUUGUCUGGAGGACACUGUGUCAAGUCCGGUACAGGCCUUGAUGCAAGUGCUCGAAGUAGGGUCCUGAAGGACACCAAUCAUCAUGAAACGCUAUGUGACAAUGAGUGA